AAAACAAAUUAAAGUAGGCUUUGGAUUAUCAACACCUGCCAGUUCUCCGAAUCUCGGGUGUCCAGGACGCCUGGCCUUCAGGGUUUGAUACUUCCGGUGAGAGAGUCCGUCAGUCAGGCUAACAUCAAUCAUUCUUGUAAAGUCGUGUGGGUCUUCAACCAAAAGCGGCACGAGAUUGGAUCUAUUUUUAUGUGUGGGUUUUCAACCAAAACUUUAAACAAGAUUGGAUUUGUUUUUAUGAGUGGGUUUUCAAGCAACACUCGAAACAAGAUUUGAUUGGUUGCUUUUCUUUUUAAACUGUGGGGUUCACUUUCUGACGGGGCUGCCACAAUCACCACCCGGGGCAUGAUCCGGGGCAAACCACCCCCAGCCCCGAAAAGCCCAACCACGACGACCUUCAGCACGACGACGAGGCGGCGGGGAGGACCCCGGAGGUGGGGCCGGCAGACACCAUGAGCACGCCGGCCGUGGACUGCCAAUCAGACCGCAUCCCCUUGACACGCCCCCGCACGGGAGCCGUGCCCACUCUGCGGGCGAGAGUGAAGCGUCAAGCCACGAGCAGCUACUUGGGCUCCGCCGGCUGCGAGAACACGCCCACUCGCCUGGAGCAGGCGGAUGUGUUCGUGGAGGACGGAGGCGACGAGAGGAUCUUGCUCAACGUGGGCGGAGUCAGGCACGAGACGCACGUGUCCACUCUGAGGACUGUGCCCAACUCCAGGCUGUCCAGACUGGCCGAGACUCACCUGGACAACGGUGGCGGGAGACAGGAAUACUUUUUUGACCGCCACCCGUCUGUGUUCAACUCCAUCAUCGAUUUCUACAGAACACGUGAGAUCAACGAGAGUCAGUCCGUGAUAUACGGUGUUACGUCGUUCUUGUUUGUCGUCACCUCAAUAGCAGGCUUUUGCCUGGAGACUCUCCCAGAGCUAAGACCCAAGUUCUUGAACGUGACAACUGAGUGCGAAGGAGGCCAUUCCAGGGAACUGGGCCGGGUGAUGACGUCCCACGAGGCCUUGAAUACGUUGGACAUCAUAUGUACUGUGUUCUUCACUUUGGAACUAAUACUCAGGUUUCAGGUGAUCUUCACCAAGUCGGACAAUAUGCAGGCGUGCUACCUGAACGAACGCUUCGUGAUUGAGAUCAUGUUCAUCCUGAGAAUCAUCCGGAUGUUCCGCAUUUUCCACCUGGUGAAGCAUUACCAAGCCCUCAAGGUCCUGGUAUACGCCAUCAAGGCCAGUAUACAGGAGUUGCUCAUGCUCUUCAUCUUUCUCCUCAUCGGGAUGCUCAUCUUCUCCACCAUGAUCUACUACGCCGAGCGGAAGAACACCACAGAGGGCGGCGAUAUGUUCUCCACCAUCCCUAUGGGCUUCUGGUGGAGCAUCAUCACCAUGACAACGGUGGGCUAUGGGGACGUGUACCCUACCACCCCCGUGGGCUACAUAGUGGGCACGGCCUGCUCAGUGAGUGGCGUCCUUCUGGUGGCUCUCACGAUCCCGGUCAUAUCCAACAACUUCACACUCUUCUACAGACACGUUCAAUCGCGCGCUGCCAUUCCGAGAAGCCGAGGGGGUGACAGUUCAGAGUGCGAUUCUAAUUUCAACUCGGAAUUUGAGAGGUCAGUGACCCGUAAAACUUCCAACGACUCAAACGUUUUGACAUUUGUGAAUGGUCAUGUGACCGGGAUUCAUUUCUCCGGGAGCAAGUCCAGGUCCCAGCAGUCGGGAGGCCGCUGGUCACAAACUGGUGAAUCUGCAUCGAGCGUUUCCGUGAAAAAAUCCGCUUCGGAUUAUAUGUUUCAGAGAAACAGAUCCUUCAGGGCCUAUUCAGACGAUGGUGUGAUGUACAAAGGAGAGACUGUCGUGUGAAGUUUCACCACCAUAUUCUUCCAUUGUAAUAGAGUGGCUUUGGUGUGCAUCUUGCUUCAGCAAAUACCAUAUAGUAGUGUGACACGGUCUUUUGCUGGUUUAAGUAUUUCAAAAGUUUUUGUUAUUCAGGAAAUGGCAUGGCUAUGUGGAUAUUA